AUGUGUUCAUUGAUUCACAGGUGAUGAAAAGGGUGCUGUGGUAUUAGCUGUAUAUAUUAAGUUUAUCACUCUCAGACGUCCAUCUCUGGGCUCUCAGAUAGAUCACAGGCCCAGUCUCAAUCCUCAAGAUGGAACUGGAAAGUGAUGUUGAACGAAUCUAUAGAGCCCUUGACCUCUCUGAAGCAAUAAUCAACCAGAAGGGAAAGUCAGAGUUCACUGAAGAGGAGUUGGAACGGCACCUACGAGCUUGUGAGAAAAAGAUUGGUCCCAUGAGCUCCUCCUUUGUUUUCCCAGAUGAUGGAGAGUGGCUUAAUGUAGCAGAGCCACUGGCAUGGGAGCACCACUUGAAGGGCAAAGUGGUGGUGCUAGAUUUUUUCACCUAUUGUUGCAUCAAUUGCAUGCAUAUCCUUCCACUGUUGUCAAAGUUGGAAGAGACACAUAGCAAGGAAGAUGGAUUAGUGACUAUUGGAGUCCAUAGUGCCAAGUUUGAGAAUGAGAAAAUUCGAGAAAAUGUGGAGUCAGCAGUACAGAGAUAUGAUAUCAGACAUCCAGUCAUCAAUGAUGCCCGUUGUUGGAUGUGGAGCUACCUGGGAAUCAUGUGCUGGCCAAGCCUUGCAAUAUUCAGUCCUGAAAAGGUUCCUCUGUUCUUGUUGAUGGGAGAACCUCAGUGUGAGAAGCUCUUCGAUAUAAUACCCCACAUUCUGUCAUACUAUUCAAAGCUAAAGAAGCUAAGUCCCUCUACCCAUCCAAUUCUCCUGGAAUCUGCUUCUCCAGGAUGGUUGUUGACACACACUGAUCUCCGAUUUCCUGGAAAAAUCUGCUGGGCUCAGAAUCCUCAUGAUGGAUCUCCACUUCUUUGCAUUGCUGAUUCUGGGCAUCAUCGCAUCAUCAUAGCAACAGUCGAUGGGAAAGUGAAGGUUCACAUUGUUGGAAAUGGAAAGAAAGGGUUGCUGGAUGGGAGCUUCAAGUCUGCCAUGUUCAAUAGUCCUCAGGGUCUUGCUUAUGUUCCAUUUUCAUCUUUGUAUGUUGCCGACACUGAGAAUCAUUGUAUUCGUCUGAUUGACCUUCAUUCAGAGGAAGUUAAACAAGUUGCAGGGACAGGAGAGAGAGGGACUGACCUAAGAGGAGGUCUGAAGGAAACUAAGCAAGCUCUUAGUUCCCCUUGGGAUAUCUGUGCUGUUCCACAACUCCAUCUCCUCUUCAUUGCUAUGGCUGGAAGUCACCAGAUUUGGACUUUGAAUCUUGUGGAUGGGAAAUGCCAAAGUUUUGCUGGAUCUGGAAAUGAAGAGAACAGGAACACAAUGUACCCAACAAAGGCAUCCUUUGCACAGCCUUCAGGGAUCUGCUACAGUCAAUUGUACCGGUCCUUAUUCAUAGCUGACAGUGAAAGCUCCAGUAUUCGUUGCAUCAGUUUGGAUAAUGCCUCUGUGAAAGGAGUUGUUGGUGGAUCCCGUGACCCAAAGGACUUGUUCUCGUAUGGGGACAUAGAUAAUGCAGAAGGAAGUCAAGGUGUGAAGCUACAGCAUCCCCUGGGUGUUACUUGCCAUGGUUCAAAAGUCUAUGUGGCUGACACCUACAACCACAAAGUUAAAGUGAUUGACAUGGAGAACAGGUCUUGUGAAACACUGCUGGGCAAUGGCAGUCGAGGGGAUGCAAUUGGGGAGUUUGCAUCAACAAUGCUGAACGAGCCUGGAGGGCUUUGCAUUUCUCCUCAGGGCCAUCAGUUGUUCAUUACUGAUACCAACAAUCAUUCAAUCAAAGUUGCUCAUUUGGGUGCUGACAGUCUUCAAAGGCUGGAACUGACCUUCCCAGUGUCAGAUACCUCAAGAGGUGACACAACAGAUAGAAUUUCUGAUCAGGUGACAUCUCAGGAAACUGUUUGGGUGUCGCCACAUGGAAAAGUUGUCAUCAUCCCUAAGUUGCAACUUCCAGAUGGCAUUCAUUUGAAUCAAGAUACCCCAUCCAAGUGGAUUCUCUCUUGGCAGAACAAAAGUAAGAACAUUCCAAUGUCUGUCAUGGAUGCUCCCUCUCAUUCUGAUGAGGAAGGAAUCUUCAUGGAUGGGGAUGAGAUCCAGAUAGCCAUUCCAUCAGAAGAAGGCUCUUUUCCUAUGAAGCUCUUGUUUGAGAUCUUCCUCUGCUCAGACAUUGAUCGUGCCUGCCUUCUCAAAAGAAUCAACUAUGGCCUUGAAGCACAUGUCAAAGAAGGAGAGACACAGAUUGCAAGUCUUCAUCUGCCAAUUGUUGUGUUUGACCAGUGAUAAACAUAGCAUUUUAUGUCUUCUUCCAUUCGAAUCUAAGCGCUUUCUUCCUCAGUACAAAUUUGUCCAUUCCCUCUUUCUACUUCUUCCAAAGAAGCUGUGUAGUAUUUGGCAAACCACCAGAUAGGCAUAUGAGGUGCAACAUAUGAUUACUGGAACUGGAGU